CAGGCGCGCGCUCUCCGCUGGAUGAGGCGCAGAGAGACACUUUCCCCGGGAUAAGUGUGGGGAAAGCUGAUUGGGGGGCUCAUCCGGCUCCAACGCCCGAGGCUCUGAAAACAGAGAGUUGGCGGAGGGAGCGGACUCAGUGCGGGGCCAUGGCCUAGGCCCUUCGGCCCCGGGCCCGGCCGCAAUGACCUCUUUGCCCUGCGCCCUCCCUGGCCCGGACGCCUCCAAAGCCGUCUUCCCGGACAUCGCCCCCGUCCCAUCGGUAGUGGCUGCCUACCAGCUUGGCCUGUCCCCCGCAACCGCAGCCGCCUCCGAUUUGCCCUAUUCUGGGCCGUAUGGCCACGUCCUGCCCUAUCCCUACGCUGGGCCGGCGACCCCCGGAGACUCCUACCUGCCCUGCCAGCUACCCACGGCGCCGUCUCAGCAGUCUCAUCAAGAGCGGGAGCCAGACUCGGAGAAGCCGCCGCUGUCCCCGGAGUCCUCGGAGCGGCGCCCGCAGGCCUCGACCAAGAAGCUCCGGAAACCGAGGACCAUCUAUUCGAGUCUGCAGCUGCAGCACCUGAACCAGCGUUUCCAGCACACGCAGUACCUGGCUCUGCCCGAGAGGGCCCAGCUGGCCGCGCAGCUUGGCCUCACCCAGACACAGCUGCCGUAUGAUUAUCGAAGAGGAGAGGUCACAGUGACGCUGAAUUCAUACAUACUGCCACGGCCAUCCAUUCACCUCCUGCCUCCAGCCCACCUGCCUCCUCAGGGCAAGGAGGAGAAAAGGGGCUGGAGACUAGAGAACCCCACACAUCCCGGGUCAUCGCCUUUGAGAGCAGGACACAGGCAAGGUCCUAAAUGCAAAAGCCCCGGGAUCUAGAAGCAGCUGAGCCUGGAGCCCACUCUCUCACCUGCACGGGUCUUAGCCACAGGAAAGCUGACUUGGAGCUGUCCUGCGCUCUCCCCACGUGCUAUUUUAAGA